ACAAACCCUUCCCAACAAAACCUACUGAACUGUAACUUAAGACGACUUUAGGCAGUGUCCAGUCCACCAGGACUAAACACCGUUUUAAUAAAUUAUAUCCCACACAGAGCCAAUUAGCCCGCUAGCUACGUAACGUUAGCUUCGAGCAGUGACAGGUCGGCAGCAGCAGCAGCAGCAGAAACCUGCGUGCUGUGUCCACUGCACUGCCCUCUUCACACUGCUCACUGACACAGGACGGAGUGCUGGGGAACAGAAAGAAAGACGAGAGGAAAGCAAGGCGAUGACAGCACUAAAAGACACGGAAGAUGCCAGUGAAACAGAUCUUGCCAAGCACGAUGAGGAUGACUAUGUUGAAAUCAAAGAGCAAAUGUACCAAGACAAACUGGCCUCUCUGAAAAGACAGUUGCAGCAAUUACAAGAAGGUACACUGCAGGAGUAUCAGAAGAGGAUGAAGAAGCUGGACCAGCAGUACAAAGAGAGACUCCGAAAUGCAGAUCUGUUUCUCCAGCUUGAGACAGAGCAGGUGGAGAGGAACUACAUCAAGGAGAAGAAGGCAGCGGUGAAGGAGUUUGACGAUAAAAAAGUUGAACUGAAGGAAAACCUAAUUGCAGAACUGGAGGAGAAGAAAAAGAUGAUCGAGAACGAAAAAUUAACAAUGGAGCUGACAGGCGACUCAAUGGAGGUAAAACCUAUCAUGACUCGGAAACUGAGGAGACGGCCCAAUGAUCCAGUCCCAAUACCAGACAAACGGAGAAAACCUGCACCAGCUCAGCUCAAUUAUUUGUUAACAGAUGAACAGAUAAUGGAAGAUCUAAGAACGCUUAAUAAGCUUAAGUCACCGAAACGGCCAGUGUCUCCCUCGUCUCCAGAGCACGUUCCCUCUGCGCCCAUGGAGAACCCCUCCCAGCGUUAUGAGGCCCGCAUUGAGGAGGGAAAACUUUACUACGACAAAAGAUGGUACCACAAGAGCCAGGCCAUCUACCUGGAGUCAAAGGACAACACAAAGAUUAGCUGUGUCAUCAGCUCAGUGGGGACCAAUGAGAUUUGGGUGAGGAAGACUAGCGACAGUACAAAGAUGCGGAUCUACCUGGGACAGCUGCAGAGGGGAGCGUUUGUCAUCCGUCGACGGUCGGCUGCGUGAGACAUUACCCCGCCCCUCCCCACCCAACCCCCAUCUGUUCAAUUAUCUAUCCAUCCACCCACUCGUUCAUCCACUGCUCCCCUAUUUUGUGCAUCUCAGUUCAGUUUGACAUGUGGCCUCUUCUUCAUCCUCUACACCAUCCUUAAUACAGUCCUCCGUGGCCAAGAAUAUCUCAUCAGACUUAAUAGUUUUUUCCACAGAAACCAAAUGCAAGUACAGUAAUAGUGGUCAUAUACACAUCUGGCUGUUUUCCAACAUUAUUUGUCACUAUGUGGCAUGUGUGUGAAGGCAGUCAGUGGUCAUAAAGGAGCAUACUUUUAUUUUUGUCUGGUGCUGUCGGCAAUCUCUUCUACACCAUCCAGUCUUAUUUCCAUUGAUCAUUAAGUUAUUUUUCGAGAACAGCCUCAUGUUGACCCACAGAAGCUGUCUUCAAGUCUUUUCAAACUGUGGUGGCACUGGUGACAUGUAACAAUGCAAGCACUGAAAAACUGAUGAGGAAUUGCUUCAGGUCUGGCUCAAUAUCAUUAAUAUCCCUUGACUGAAGAAGUUACAGUUUCCUCAUACCGGGAGUCAUGCCAGUUUCAUAAAAAUACAUCUUUUGCACUGUCAUCAAGAAAUGGAGGCUGCUUGCUAUGCUGAUAGAUUGUCCUAAUAACAUGUUUAAAAAUCUUAUGUAUUAAACCUUUAAUUUGUUAUUUGAAAAAGAGUUAUUUUGAGGUUUUUAUGUUGUUUCUUUGACCGUUUUAUGUGAUCCUCUCCAUAUGUGAAGGAUCUGGAUUAGUUCAACUGUAUUUGCAUGUGAAGCAUUGAGUUGACUAUUGAUUUGUACUGUGUUGCAUUUUAUUAAAAUGUUCUCUGCCUUUUAUUAAAUUGAUGAAAAGGUU